UUCUGUGAAAACACUGAAAAGCUCUCGCUACGUGCUAUUUAUUACUAGUGUAACUUUUCACCUGGACCUCAUGCAUAUUAUAUCACCGUGUAACAAUGGAGCUCAAAAUCACCACCCAUUUGGGAAACCUUUUGCAGUUUUGCAUAGACAACAAAGCCCACAUAGCAGGCAAACUCCUCCACGCUCACAUCCUCCGAAUCGGCUACUUUACCAACACCUUUCUGUCAAACCGUCUCAUUGAACUCUACUCCAAGUGUGGCCAUAUAGAUAUGGCCCGUCAGUUGUUUGAUAAAAUGCCUGAAAGAAACAUAUAUUCCUGGCAUGCAAUCUUAGAUUCCUACUGUAAAGCUAACAAAUUGGACAAUGCGCAUGAACUAUUCGUUCAAAUGCCUGAGAGAAAUACUGUGUCGUGGAACACGAUGAUUAGUGCAUUAGUUCGAAAUGGGUGUGAAGAAAAAGCAUUGGACGUGUAUCAUAGGAUGAAUUUGGGUGGUUUUGUUCCCACCCAUUUUACAUUGGCCAGCGUUUUGAGUGCUUGUGGUGGUUUGGGAGAUAUAGUGUGUGGUAAGCAGUGUCACUGUGUUGCUGCUAAGAUCUGUCUUGACAAGAAUUUGUAUGUGGGAAAUGCUUUGUUGAGCAUGUAUUCAAAGUGUGGUUGUGUUAAGGAUGCGGUUGUGGCUUUUGGGGAUUUGGCUGAACCUAAUGAGGUUUCUUUUACGGCAAUUAUGGGCGGGUUAGCAGAGAGUGACCGAGUCGAGGAGGCUUUUAGCAUGUUCACGUUGAUGCAUAGAAGUGGCAUCUAUAUUGAUUCUGUUUCGUUAUCGAGUGUUUUGGGUGUGUGCACUAGAGGUGGGAAUGGAGAAUUUUGUGUUAAUAGCCAGAUGGAUGAGUUUUUAUGUAAUGUGCAUGGCCAACAAAUACAAGGUCUCACUGUUAAACUUGGGUUUGAAAGUGAUCUUCACUUGACUAAUUCAUUGCUUGACAUGUAUGCAAAAUAUGGAGAUAUGGACAGUGCUGAAUUAAUUUUUUCUAAUUUGCCAGAAGUUAGUGUUGUUUCUUGGAAUGUAAUGAUAGGUGGGUAUGGCCAGAAAUGUCAAACUGACAAAGCUAUAGAGUACCUGCAAAGGAUGCAGCUGCAUGGUUUUGAACCAGAUGAGGUCACUUACAUCAAUAUGCUUGCAGCAUGUGUCAAGUCUGGGGAUCUUGAAACUGCUUGUCAAAUAUUUUAUAGGAUGGAGUGCCCGAACUUAAGUUCAUGGAAUGCUAUUUUCUCCGGGUAUACCCAGAAUGGAAAUCAUGAGGAGGCAAUUAAGCUUUUCAGUGAAAUGCAGUUUCAAAAUGUUCAACCUGAUCGAACUACUUUGGCUGUUAUCCUCAGCUCAUGUGCUGCAAUGGGACUUCUGGAGGGAGGAAAACAGGUCCAUGCUGCCUCAAUAAAGACUCUGUUUCAUAAUGAUGUAUACGUUGCUAGUGGACUUAUUGGCCUGUACUCAAAGUGCAACAAGAUAGAGGUGGCCAUAUGUAUUUUUGAUAGAGUGCCGGCAUUGGAUAUUGCCUGUUGGAAUUCCUUGAUGGCAGGUUUGUCGCUAAAUUCUUUGGACAAGGAUGCUUUCACUUUCUUUAAGCAAAUGCAUGGAAAGGGGAUGAUCCCUACUCAAUUCUCUUAUGCUACUGUACUGAGUUGUUGUGCAAAACUUUCAUCUUUGGCUCAAGGUAGGCAGGUUCAUGCUCAGAUAGUAAAAGGUGGUUAUGUAAAUGAUGUCUUCGUGGGGAGUGCUCUGAUUGAUGUGUAUUCUAAAUGUGCUUAUAUAAAUGGUGCCGUGCAGUUUUUUUAUGAAAUGCCUUGUAGGAAUACUAUUACCUGGAAUGAGAUGAUACAUGGAUAUGCACAGAAUGGAUGUGGUAAUGAAGCUGUUUGUCUUUACAAGCACAUGAUUCAAUCAGGUGAGAAACCUGAUGAGAUAACCUUUAUUGCUGUUUUAACUGCUUGUAGCCAUUCGGGUUUGGUUGAUGCUGGGAUUAGAAUAUUCAACUCAAUGCAGGAAGAGUAUGGAGUGGAGCCGCUUUUGGACCAUUACACUUGCAUUAUAGACUCUUUGGGUCGUGCUGGUCGGUUCCAUGAACUGGAAGCACUUUUAGAAAAGAUGCCAUGUAAAAAUGAUUCAAUUGUAUGGGAGGUUGUGCUUAGUUCAUGUAGGGUUCGUGAUAACGUAAACUUGGCAAGAAGAGCAGCAGAUGAACUUGUCCGCUUGGACCAACAAAAUUCUGCCCCUUAUGUUCUUCUAGCCAAUAUGUAUUCUUCUUCAGGAAGAUGGGAUGAUGCAAAGGAGGUUAGAGAAAUGAUGAUUGAAAAGAAAAUCUUCAAAGAUCCAGAAUUGCAUCAGAAGUGUGAGGGAAUGCCAUCGGAGAAUUUUUUUCGAUUUUCGAUCUCUCCUUUAAGAGUUGUGGCAUCUGUCUCCAAUGUUGUUCCUGUUGCCAUGCUUCCAUCUGAUGACCCUGUUCCAUUAAGCACUGCUCUUACUAUACAGUUCUACUACUCUCAAUGUCACCCUUUUAUUUAUUACAGAGUGGAAGUCCGGAUGAUCAGGGCGGGUAUUGCUAUGGUGUGUUGUGUUUUGCUGUUUUAG